UCUGAGCUGAACGACUGUACACAGACAAGAUGGCAGCUUCAUUGGAAGACGAAUUCGAAGAUGCGCCUGAUGUGGAGCCAUUAGAACCAACUCUGAAGAAUAUCAUCGAGCAGAAAUCCCUGAAAUGGAUAUUUGUGGGUGGAAAAGGUGGAGUUGGUAAAACGACAUGUAGCUGCAGUUUGGCUGUCCAGCUGGCUGCAGUAAGAGAGAGCGUCCUCAUCAUCUCCACAGAUCCUGCCCAUAACAUCUCUGACGCUUUUGACCAGAAGUUCUCAAAGGUGCCUACUAAGGUCAAGGGCUAUGACAACCUCUUUGCAAUGGAGAUUGACCCAAGCCUGGGUGUGGCAGAGCUGCCUGAUGAGUUCUUCGAGGAGGACAACAUGCUCAGUAUGGGCAAGAAGAUGAUGCAGGAGGCCAUGAGCGCUUUCCCUGGCAUUGAUGAAGCCAUGAGCUACGCAGAGGUCAUGAGGUUAGUAAAAGGAAUGAACUUCUCCGUGGUUGUUUUUGACACUGCCCCUACUGGUCACACACUGCGACUGCUCAACUUUCCCACCAUUGUGGAGCGAGGCCUGGGCCGCCUCAUGCAGAUCAAGAACCAGAUUAGCCCAUUCAUCUCUCAGAUGUGCAACAUGCUCGGUCUGGGCGACAUGAACGCAGAUCAGCUGGCCUCCAAACUGGAGGAAACCCUGCCAGUCAUUCGCUCUGUCAGUGAGCAGUUCAAAGAUCCUGAACAGACCACCUUCAUCUGCGUGUGCAUCGCUGAGUUCCUGUCGCUCUACGAGACAGAGCGGCUGAUCCAGGAACUGGCCAAAUGCCGCAUCGACACUCACAACAUCAUUGUCAACCAACUCGUUUUCCCUGACGCGGACAGGCCGUGUAAAAUGUGUGAAGCCCGUCAUAAAAUUCAGUCCAAGUAUUUAGAUCAGAUGGAGGAUCUUUAUGAAGAUUUCCACAUAGUCAAGUUACCGCUGCUGCCCCAUGAAGUCCGAGGUGCCGACAAGGUCAACACGUUCUCUAAGCAACUUCUGGAACCCUACAAACCCCCAAACAAGUGAUCUCCUCCCCCCCACAGGACUUCCUCUUCCUCCUCCUCCUCUUCCUCGUCCUCCUCCUUCUUCUCCUCCUCCCCUCCCUACAGACAACACCACAGUCUGAGCUCCCCCCCACCCCCAAAACUAGCCUCAAACCCUGCAGCAGAAGCCUCAAGACUCAUUCCUCAGCCCAUCUACAGCAGAGCACGCCCACAGCGAAGGGGAGCCGCCGACGACAACAACACACACAUACAGACGCCUCUGUAUCGCUAGAGAUAAGACAGCACGUGUGUGCUGCCUUACACUCACUUCACCUUCUCUUGUUUUCAUGUCUACUGCGACAGUUGUACUAUUCCUACUUAAAGCAUUUAACAUCCUCUCAACUAAAAAAAAAAAACAAAACCCUCGUCCUCCUCCUCCCUCCUCCUCCAUCCCGCGCAGUGUCCAGCCUCAGUUGUGAAAAACAAAGUGUUUCCAGUGACGGUGCUAUGUAUUCCAGGAUAUAGCAGCUUUUGCAGGUGGUUGAUGUGUAAUGCUUUGUUUAUUCUGUGCGAUUCGGUGGCUGUGUCUGUUCUCCCAGUUUGACUUAAGAUUGCACACAUCUCUCACACAUUGGGGAAGUUCCAUCCAAAUUUCUACAGAUUCAGGGUGUGAUGGCAGGGCAGUGAUAAAAGACACUUAAAAAUAAAUUUUAAAAAGCAGAAUAUAGCCUUUGGUCUUGUUAAUUUUUGUUCUUGACCAGUUAGGGGUCGAUCGAUGCUGGUGUUUUUAGAGCUGAUACUGGUUUUUGGUCAUCAGGCAGACCAAUUAAUGAUAUUAAUUUGCAGAAAAAUGAAAGAAGUGGUGUCAGAAUUGAAAAUUACAAAUUCCGACACAAAACUUCAUUGAAAUGCCUUUAUUUAUGUCUGAUUCAAAGAAAACCUUUCAACAUUUAUUGUUCAGGAGAUUGCAUAACUGAUCAGAUAGCGCUGUUGGUGGGGCGUUGCUUGAGACUGAUGCAGCUGCAUUAGAGUCAAAGUAAUUCAUUUUUAUAUUCAUAUAAUUCAUUGAUAAGUGGUUACAAAAAGUUAAAAAAGCUGAAUAUAAGAUCAUGCUAAUCAGCGGUUGACCCCAUUUGUCAUUGCAAUAAGAAAACUGAAGCAAAAGUGCUUCUUUUACCAUCUGUCAGAUUGUAAGACAUCACAUAUCGUAAAUGUCUGAGCAACAGCGUAACUUUUAAGUCAAUUAUGAAUCAAGUCAAGCUCUAUAUCCAUAUACAACCAUUUGAACUUAGGCCACUCUAGUCACUUCAGGUGGAAUGUUGUCGUGGGCAGAACCAGUUUUAUGAGGAAAAUGUGUGACGUGGCUUUUGGUGUUUGAGGGCCUGGAAACCAAAAGGAGCUAUCUGACACUGCUGAACUCCCAGUUCCCAUUCAGCGAUCAUAAAAUUCCUCUAGUGCCCACCUCAGUCACGGAUUUCAUGUCCAUCCCGUUUACUGAUAUGGGAACACUAUUGAAAGAUAUUAGUAGCCUUAUUUAGUGCAUUGUUAAUUAAAAAUAUAUAUCUAUAUAUAUUGAAUGUACCUUGAUCAAGUGUUUUGAACAAAUACUGGACUCCAAUUGGCUCAACUGACGCAACAGAAAGGUGACGGUUGAAUCCACCCUCAAGCAAAACCAUACCUUUCCCCUCUUGUCUGUCGUUGAAUGCUUUUGAGUCAGAAUCUGUUUUCUAUAGAUUUUCUUUAAAUUAUGCUGUGAGCGUUAAUGAAAACAAACUUGCCUCAGCUGA